AUGGAUUUGAAUGAAAAAGAGACUGAUGAUUCUGACCAGACUAAAUGCACCUCCGACAUGAGUGGUGAUGAUAUAGGGUCUGAAAUGAGUUGUGGGGAUGAUGAUGAUGAUGUCGUUUAUGACGACGACAGUUAUGAUAUGAGUGUUACUGAUGGCGAUUUAGAGACGAUGAACCAUUCUGAAGCCAGUUAUCGCGGCCGUCAAUAUGCCUAUGAUGAUUAUGCUAGGACGACGUUUUGGCAGAGGUAUCAGUGUUUUUCUGCAUCUUCGCAUGCACAAGUUGAGAGUAGUGAUAAAGUUAUACUGCCUGCCUCAGCCCUUGACGUCCUCACGUCUCUUCAGAUUGAUUAUCCCAUGGUGUUCGAGUUCCAGCCAUAUUAUUUUGAUGCUGAAAAGUAUGUCGAGACUGAGAGAGUUCGUGUUUCUCAUUGUGGAGUUUGGGAGUUCACUGCAGAUGAAGGAAUUGUCUACAUGCCUAGCUGGAUGAUGGAGAAUAUGCACUUGAGAGAGGGAGACCUUCUGCUGCUGCAAAACAAGACCCUUCCGAAAGGUACCCAUGUUAAGCUGCAGCCCCAUACAAAGGACUUCUUGGACAUCCCAGACCCAAAAGCUAUGUUGGAGGAAGCACUCGGGACGUUUUCAUGUUUAACAACUGGGGAUACUAUUGUGUUACCUUAUGGGAACAAGAAGUAUCAUAUGGAUAUUAUUGAAACAAAGCCUUCCGUUGCAAUAGGCAUUAUAGACACAGAUUGUGAGGUUGACUUUGCACCUCCUCUCGACUAUAAGGAACCUGAGAAGCCUGUUGCUGCAUCAGUUCAUUUGAGCAAGGAAGCAGCAGGUCAAGUUGAGGAACCCAAGUUCAGGGCUUUUAAGGGAACUGGGAGGCGUUUGGAUGGCAAGCCUCUGCAGUAUGAACCAGCAUUAGAUUCUUGCUCACUGGCGAAUGGAAAUGCACAACCAUCGAGUUCACAAGCUACUAGUCAGACUCAGGGAAAGCUUAUCUUUGGCACAGGUGCCCCCCCUACUAGUGCUUCAAAGGUAGCUUCAAAAGAGGUCAAACAACACCAGCAGCUCCAAGAAAAAAAACAGCCAAAGUUCCUAGCUUUUACUGGGAAAACAUACUCCCUAACUUGA